GGUUGUUGCAAAGUUGCUGCUCUGCGGCGCCCGAAACGCGCGCGACCGCUCGAGGCAACGCAAUCAGCAGGUCGCAACGGGCCCACUCAACGCCCAGCAACGGGGGACGGGCAGCCCUUCGCCGCCGCGGCCGAAAGAAAACACUGCCACAGCGGCACAGCGGCCCUGCGCACGCAACAGAGAUCUACUCGACGCGAGCCCCAAAGCGGGGAGUAUGGCCCACUUCGGCACGGCCGAGCAGGAGGAGAAGGUCGACGCCUCCAUGCUGCGGAGCAUGGGCUUCCCCGAGGCGGACGUCCGGGAAGCCUUGCGACGCACGAAAGACGACGUGAACCGGGCCUUGGACCUCUUGACGGCGGCGACGAUGCCCGACGAGGACGCUUUUGACAUCCUCGCGACGCACCCCGCGGCGUACGACGACGGCCGACGGAAGCCGUUCCAGCCGGCGCGGCCGGACCCGGACAAGGGCGGCUUUCUUGAUGGAGUGCCAAUAAGGGAGGAGAACGCUUCCCUGAUAGUCGACUCGAGGUUGCGGCGCUUCCGCGAGAUGGGGUUUUCUGUCGACGAGACCGAGGCGGCCCUGAAAGAGCAUGCCAAUGACGUCGACGCCGCGCUGACCGCGUUAUUGGCACGAAGACGGGCACAGGCGCCUCACCCAGAUGCUACCCAGGACCGGCGGCGCGCGCCGACGUACGGCCAGGGCUACUACAACGAUUCUCCGCACGACGUCUUGGCCGAGGCGGCGCACCCCUACCCCAGCGCGGAACAUCCGCGCAAGCGGCCCGAGGCCCCGCCAAACGACCCGAACAAGGGCGGCUGGCGCGAUGACGUGCCGCGGAAUGCGUCGGCAGCGACGAUCGUCGACAGCCGCAUUCUGACGUUCACGGACAUGGGUUUCGGCGCCGACGAGGCGGAGCGGGCCUUGCGCGACGCCGGGAACGACGUCGACAAAGCUUUGAGUGCAUUACUUGCGAGCCGGGCGGGCGCUUGACGGCGUCGCAGACGCGUCGACGGCGUAAUUAAUACUUUCGUGUC